UUGCACUACUGUAGCACCUUGCACAUCCUCAGAGGUUGCAAAACACUUCUCAGUGAAUGUUAUGCUUGUGAUGUGCAACGCUUUUGCAACGCAGGAGAUUCAGCGACAAGCUGUGUCAGCCCCAAUAACCCCUGUCUAUUAAAGGAUUAGUCUUCAUCUUCCCGAAGGCUGGAAAGUUUCCUGCUGUUAUCCUCGUGGGAUUGAGUAACACUUCCCAACAUUGAUCCCAAAUCCCGAGAUUCCCACAAAUCUGGGUCAUGACAGUCAGCCCCUCAUCGAGUCAUUGGCUCCAAACGUUACCAAUCCAAAUUCCUGCCGCCUGCCUGGCCACAGGAUUCGGCAAACGGAGAAUCAGCUGAUGUCCGACUGGGAAUCACAGAUCUUGUGGGAAGUCAGUGUUGCCUCCUGCUGGAUGCAAGAGGAAACACGCGAGGUCCCUAAACUCAACCUCCAGCAGGAUCGCAGAAUUAUUACGGUGCAGAAGAAAGCCAUUCGGCCCAUUGUGCUUGCACUGGUACAGCAGGAGUGUUUGACCCUUUGUAGGACAAUGUCACGGCUCUCUCUGACCCGCUCCCCUGUGUCUCCUGUGGCAUCUCAAGGUAUCCCGCUGCCAGCACAACUCACCAAGUCUAAUGCUCCUGUGCACAUCGAUGUCGGGGGGCACAUGUACACCAGCAGCUUAGCAACUUUAACCAAAUACACCGACUCCAGGAUUGGGCGCCUCUUCAAUGGCACGGAGCCAAUUGUUCUGGACAGUUUAAAGCAGCAUUACUUCAUUGAUCGAGACGGCGAAAUUUUCCGAUACAUCCUCAGUUUCCUCAGGACAUCGAAACUUCUGCUCCCAGAGGAUUUCAAGGAUUUCAGCCUGUUAUACGAAGAGGCGAAGUUUUACCAGUUACAGCCGAUGGUGAGGGAGCUGGAGAGGUGGAAACAGGAGAAAGAACAUCGCAAGUCCUCACAGGCCUGUGAGUGCCUGGUGCUGAGGGUGACCCCUGACCUGGGGGAGCGUAUCAGCCUGAGUGGAGAGAAGUCUCUGAUUGAGGAUAUCUUCCCUGAGACUGGGGAUGUCAUGUGUAACUCUGUCAACGCCGGCUGGAACCAGGACCCCACCCAUGUCAUCCGCUUCCCCAUCAACGGUUACUGCCGCCUCAACUCAGUGCAGGUUCUGGAACGAUUGUUACACAAGGGAUUUCGGGUGGUUGCUUCCUGUGGCGGUGGUGUGGAUUCCUCACAGUUCAGUGAAUACGUGUUAUAUCGACAAGAGAAACGCCUACAGCUCACCCCAAUGCCAAUCCGAAUAAAACAGGAGCCUCUCGAUUAACACGACAGCAACCUCUCUUCCCCUCCCUUUUUGAGGCUUUUGUUCUUUCGUUUUUCUCUCUCUCUCUCCCCAUCCCCUCCCUGACCGCCCCUCACCCCACCCAAACCCCCACCAACCCACUUGUCUCCUGAUCUGAAUUUAGUUGCUGCAUUCGAGGGAGAGCAUCUGUCAUAGAGACAUGCCCUUGACGAGGAUAUUUUCCAAAGGGUCGGAGUAGCUGCAUUCCCACCGGAAGUGUAGACACAAUCUUAACUCCUCCAAAGUGACUAUUCCAAUCUGGUUUGAGGCUGACAAUGGUUGUGUGUGUGAAGAGAGAAGCAGGUGCCAAUUGGGCCAUCAGUGGCUUCUGGCACAUCCGCAGAAACAGUACCCUUCAUGUAAUGUGGCUGGGGGAGAUGGAGGGAGAGAGGGAGGGAGGGAGAGAGAGAGAGAGAGAGGAUGGUGCUGCAAUAAUCGGAAACCAAUGCAAAGUCAACUUCACCUCCAUUGGGUUCAUUGAUCUCAUUCUGUCCUUCAGCUCAGGAUUUAGAAGGCGCCCCCAGGCGGCCUGGACCCUCUUCCAGCCAGUCCCUCCAACACCCCCAGGCCCUCCCGCCCCGGAGACGCAGUCAGUGCUGGGACACUCACUCCUGUGAGCCAUGAAUUGCUGUGAUAUUUGGUGACAAGUUCAACAAAGACGCUAUGCGGGGAAGUGCAUUAAGCACCAUGUAAAACGGACGGUGAUCAGUGACUGAAUGAACAGGGAGCAGUGCAGAACACAGUGCACUUCACUUCACCGCUGCGUUUCCCCCCAAAAUUUCAGGAACCGUUAUUUUCCUAGCAGCCCCCUCCUGUGUAAAAUUCUCCCCUGCCCCAGCCCCAGCCCAGAAUCAGGCAGCACACACUGAUGUGCAGUGUACUCACAUUGGAAGAGGAAACAGUUGAGUUUUUUUUAAUUAUAAAUAAACUAAGAUGUUUACCUGCAA